AAACAAAAAUUGAAAUAUAUUGGAAAUAAAAACCCUAGUGGUCUCUCUUCUCUCUCUCUCUGUCUUCUGCCUUACCGCUGCUCUGCUCCGGCUGCUCCACCUCGUCGUCCUCCUCCGUUCUUCCGCCGCCGAAGCAGCUGAGUUGUCGCCGACUGAGGGGGAAAAGAGAUGGGGGCUAAGGCUAAGAAACUCAUGCAGAAGGCGCUCAAGAAGGCCUCAUCAAAAAAUUCAUCCCUUUCCGUCACUAAAACCGACGCUGCUGACUUCUUGCCAUUGGAAGGUGGUCCUGCGCGUAAGUUGCCGGAGCAGCAGGUGCGUGAAGAUGCUGCCACAGUUCUAUACAUUGGUCGCAUACCGCACGGCUUCUACGAGGAGGAAAUUGAAGGCUUCUUCGGCCAAUUCGGCACUAUCAAGAGAUUGAGAAUCGCCAGGAACAAGAAGACAGGAAAGUCGAAGCAUUAUGGUUUCAUCGAGUUCGAGUCUCCUGAGGUGGCUAAAAUCGUAGCUGAGACUAUGCAUAAUUAUCUAUUGGCUGAGCACCUGCUGCAAGUCCAACUUGUUCCUCCAGAGCGUGUUCAUCCUAAACUGUGGAGAGCUUUUAACUACAGAUAUAAGCCGCUAGAUUGGGUCCAGAUGCAGCGACAGGAACAUAACAAGGAAAGGACAUUGGACGAGCAUAGGAAGUUGGUGGAAGGAAUUAUUAAACGCGAUAGUAGGCGGAGGAAAAGGAUAGAGGCAGCUGGAAUUGAUUAUGAGUGCCCAGAAAUCGUCGGGAGCAGCCAACCAGUGCCUAAGAAGAUUAAAUUCGACGAGGGUUAGCCUCUCCAUGAGGCAGGACAAUUUUGUCUUACUAGCUUAUGUAUUAGUAAACAAGGGGAUGAUCAACUCUUUCGAUGUUUUCUAAUUGCUAGAUAUAUAAAAUAGCUUAUGAGCUAUAUUAAAAUUUGCUUCCCUUGUACUGUUGAUUCACCUGGCCUGUGACCAAGCUGAUUCGCAUGUGGAAUCUUUUGAGGGUGAAUUGAUUUAUUACACAAUUCACAGCAUGAGGAAAUCAAGGCUAUAUGAGUAUCAGGGGAA